AUGGACCGGAUGGGAGUCGUGAAGUUGAACGGUUUGAACUACUGCAGCUGGAAGCGCAAGGCGGAGUUCCUGCUCAUCCGGGAUGAUUUGUGGCGGGCGCGGGCCACGAUCGGGCUGCUGAUGGAGGACUCCCAGUUGCCUUUCAUCAAGAAUGCGACGACGGCUAAGCUUUGCUGGAACGCCCUGAAGGACCACUUUGAGACGGUCACCCUGACGUCUAAGGUGGCUCUGCUGAAGCGAUUGUGCGGGAUGCAGUACUCGGAAGGAGAGAACAUCCAGCAGCAUGUCCAGCAGAUGGAAGAAAUUUUCGAGAGGCUGGCGAUGGCUGACCAAGAGCUGGACGAGGACCUGUGCGUGGCCAUGAUCCUGCGGAGUUUGCCAAGCUCGUUUAACACCCUUACGACGGCUUUGGAGGCGAGGUCCAACGAGGAAUUGACUCUGAAGCUGGUCAAGAUGAAACUGGUGGACGAAGUGGCCAAAAGUGGAACUCGCGGAGCCGGCGAAUCUGUCCUCCAGGUUGACCACCAGAAGCGCAAGAAGGUGUUGACGGCUCACGAGGACGUUAAGGAGAAUUUUUCAUUUUGA